AUGGGACUUGUAUUAAUUAUUUUAAACUUCGUUCUCACGUUUACAAGCGGAGAUAAGUUGCAUCACGAUGUGCCCGAUGUCUUCCACAGAGUCAUCCGUUUUGAGCAGCUGAACCAACUCGACUUACUGAUAAACCAAAGUUUCUAUUUUUAA